AUGGAGAAACAAGUCAGAGAGGCUAAUUCGGUGGAAGCUGGAGGAGAUUCAGGUCCAAGUAAAAACGGAGAAAACCACGAGCCGCCACAGCUUGCAAACUUAAACGCUUUCGAUAUCAUCGGUUUGUCUGCGGGGUUUGAUCUUGCAGGACUUUUUGGAGAUGUCUAUAGCAAGCAAGAAACUAGAUUCGCUUCUAGGAAACCUGCUUCGGUGAUCAUAUCAAAGCUAGAGGAGGUUUCCAAAAGCCUGAAGUUGAAGAUAGGAAAGCAAGACGCGGGUUUGUUCAAACUCGAAGGAUCAAACGAAGGAAGAAAAGGAGCUUUGUCGAUAGAUGCAGAAAUAUUCCAAGUGACGCAGACGUUUCACCUGGUUGAAGUAAAGAAAUGUAAUGGGGAUACAAUGGAGUAUCAGAAGCUAGUGGAGGAAGAUCUUAGGCCUGCUCUGGCUGAUAUUGUCUUGGUUUGGCAAGGCGAGAAGGAGAAACACGAGGAGUUACCGCGUGUUUUGCAAGAUGAACAAGAAGAGCAAGAACCAUCGAGUUCAAGUAUUGAAACAUCCACAAGUAACAUGACACAAUUUGCAUAA